CUUAUUAAAUAGAUGGGUGGCUUCUUUUCCUCCCCUACCAGUGAUGUCUUUGAUCAGCCAGAUAGCGAACUAUUUGCUGACUUCUUCUACAUCGGUGGAAUCAAAUUUUCAACAGAAAAAAUUAAGCUAGAUCAAAGUCAAAGAGACGGGAGAAACGACACCCGAAAUGUCGACGCCAAACUUGACUCUAGGCUGUUGUUUGGGUCCAAAGAGGAUAUGAUGCAUCUGGGAAAGAACAAAGCAUUUCCGUUCAGUGGGCCUCUACCUAAUGGAAAUGAGCCUCUGACAACAUUACGUGCCUCCGUUUUUGUUCAAAGAGACUCUCUAAGAAUUAAUAAGGAAGUGGGCGAAGGAUUCAUGGGGCAGAGAAAUAUACGAGGACCUCAACAGCAACCACUUUUAAAUCAGUACACCUUCAGUUGCAGAUUUGAAACCGAUGUUCCAGGAACGGCAACUUUGUAUCAAAAAGCCACUGAAGUCUUUAAAGACGGCAAGCUAUGCUUCCAUGGAGAGAAAAUACACGAGAUGAAAUUUGAAAAACCCUCAAAUGGAGCUCCGGUCGAGUUUGUAUCGAUAAGACCAAUUGACCACGAAGGGCUAGUAAGAGAAUGGAAUCUUAACCAGGGAAAGGCAGAUGGCAAAGAUAAAGAUAUCCCGACGCCCCUGGUGCUACACCUGGAAGCUGACGAGAAACACCAUCCUGGGCACUCACAUGCAGCCUAUAUGAGAGUGGAACAGAAUGGCAACCAGUAUUCUGCCAAACUGGAAAAGCUCCACCAGUGCAACAAUGGAGUUGUGUUCCUGUUGCAAGAGAUCUACAAUGCGAAUGCAGAAACUUCUGAACCCAGUGGGGGGAGGGGCCAGGCAGACGAGGACGCAAUUGCCCCGUGCGAGAGCGCCCCCAGAUUCGAAUGCCAGAUUUGCUUAGAUAAACCAAUGGACUCUGUUCUUCUGCCGUGCAGACAUCUGGCCUUCUGCUCGGGCUGUGCAGUGGCCAUGAAGUUGCACAAGAGUCUGUGUCCCUUCUGCAGGAAGCCUUACCUAGUGGUGCUCCAGAUAUUCUUCCUGAAGAGAGAGUCAGAGUGCUCUAUGGCGGAGAAAGAGGCGGCCAUGAACCUGGCACAGGCACUAGCCGAGCAGGCCAGGAACAACACAUGGAGCAACCAGGGGCAACCUGGCAUGGUACCAGAAGGCAUGCUUCGCCUCCCAAUAGGCAUAGUAGUCUGUCCGCCUGCGAAGAACCCGCUAGAAGGAGCUGCAGGGAUGGGUGGGAGUUUUAUGACAGGAGGUGGCUUGGGAACCCUGAACGGGAGCAUCUCUAGGUCAAGUAUCCAUCGGCAUGGAUACGACACGCAGUUGUCCCAGCAGUCGGUCGCCUCGAUUCACAUCGGUGGAGGAGGCAUGUCGCCCAGUGAUUAUGGCACUUCACAGUUUGGACGAAGUGGCACGCUCGCUUCGAAAUUCGAGUUACCAAACGCAAUAUAUGAGAAAGAUGAGCAUCGCAAUGAAACUAUUCAACGCAAUCCAGCUACCAUUACCCAUAAUUCGAGAGCUCUGCCCAAAGUGCCCGGAGACGAAGACCAUGAAACAAUGGCUACUGGAACUCCCACGCGAUACCAGAGCUACGAAGCACUCGACAGCGGGAUGAAGUCUCCGGGUUAUAAGAUCAAUAGCAGCGCCAGCUCCAACGCCGCAGAAGUACACGCUUCGAAUCCAUCUCUGCAGAACACACCUGUAUCACAGAGAAAACAACAGAAAGGAACUCCAUCGUCAAAGUCGAGAGGCAAAAACAAAUUGGCAGAGCUACCGCCUCCUCCCGAACACAUGCUGACCACAUCAGGUCGUCAAGACAGCCAAGAGGAAGAAUUAGAAGAGCGAAACCGAACCCUGGUGCCUGGAAAAUUCCCUGGAUCUUCGGGAGGAGACGCAAGUGGUGCUCAUAGGGCGCGCUUCCCGGGCACUGUUAAGAGGGACACACAUAGAUCCGAUAUUUAUGAGUCAACCCCUAGUCCAAACAGCCGAGCUGCCUCAAAGUCCCCCUCACAGCAACCCAACUUCAAGAAACAGGUGGCUGAUCAUUUGGACAGGAAACUACCACCAACCAUCGCAGCUGAGGCGAAACUCUCGGGCGGCAGAGAUUCGCCCUCGGCUAGAAAUCAGCCUUUACCCCAGAUCCCACAGACGCCCUCGAGGGGGAAGAGUAUGGACCAAGUAGAGGGUCUGCCUCCACCUCUGUUUAGAUCCGGAAUUUCCCUGCAAACACUCCCUCACGGGGGAGCAAAGUUAAUCAAACCGGGUCAUAAAUCGUCACCCUCGCAAAAGCAACAUCACGUGCAAAGUCAGGAUGCUCACUCAAGCUUGCAACACACGUCUCGCAAUCUACCAGGACAAAAUCUUAGCGGGAAAGUAUUACGCAAUGACGUGAAACGAUUGCGUAAUGAUGACGUAAAAGUGAACAUAGACGAGUCUGAAUUAAUAUCUAAAGAAAAGUUGGUACAAAACCGAGCGAUAAAGCCGCGACAUAAGCGCGGUCGUUCAGUUGAUUUUGAAGAAAUUGUUCGUCCGGAUCCCGAGAUGAUUACUGGAAUCGAACUUAGCUCUCCCAUUCAUCAAGAAGCGUCCGGAACACUUUUGAUUGAUGAAAGAAAUAAACAAGGAAUUGAAGAAGUCAAAAAUGAGCAUCCGCCAUUAAGCUACGCUAAUUUGGUCUCGGCAGAAAGUAGCUCGAACUACUCCACGAUUGACUGGAACUACUUGGCUAAGCAACGAGCCAUCGCUAAUGAGAAAAUGAAAGUAGCUGUUGAACGAAAUGCAGCUAACUCUGCAGCACAAGGCGGCUACAUAAACACUCCGAAUCCGCCGCCAGUGCCUGCCCGUGGACCUGGAAUGCAACCAGCACAGCAGAAACUAACGUCGUCAGCAGGAUCAGGACUAGACAGAUAGAUGAACCGAACUUCAUCAUUUUGUCAUUUCCACUGAGACGUUAAAAGACCAAAUCCAGUUGCGAGUGUUUUGCAUGAAAAAAACUGAUAAUACUGAAGUUUAAACUCUAAAAAAAUAGAAGAUUC